UCUCUUUCUCUCUCUCUUUCCCUCUCUGUAAAGUACGACAGCUGUAUGAAAUCCCGUCCCGUCCUCUCGUACCUCUCAUCACAGAUAUGGGACAGCUUAAGACACAAGUUUUCAUCAUAUCCUGCCUCAUUUUUACCUGCUACGGAGCAGAAAAGUUUAAAAAUAGAGGUCUGCGUCAGAAGGAUGGUGAACAUGUGGAGAGAUAUUCCAGCUGCCUCCAGGGUCCGGCAGGCACCCCGGGAAGAGACGGAAAUCCAGGAGUGAAUGGAAUUCCAGGCACUCCGGGUAUACCGGGCCGGGAUGGUGCGAAAGGGGAGAAGGGAGAAUGUGUGACAGAGAGGUUUGAGGAACCGUGGAAACCCAACUACAAGCAGUGUGCCUGGAACGCUCUCAACUACGGCAUUGACCUGGGAAAACUUACAGAGUGCACAUUCACUAAACGGUAUGCAGACAGCGCCCUACGCGUGAUCUUCAGCGGCUCUCUCAGACUGAAGUGUAAAACAGCUUGUUGUCAGCGCUGGUACUUCACUUUUAAUGGGGCAGAAUGCUCGUCUCCAUUACCUAUAGAGUCCAUUAUUUAUCUGGACCAGGGCAGUCCAGAGUUCAACUCCACCAUCAACAUACACAGAACCACAUCAUUUGAAGGUUUAUGUGAAGGUGUGAGGAAAGGUUUGGUGGAUGUUGCCAUCUGGGUGGGUACCUGCGGUGAUUAUCCCCAUGGCGACGCAUCCACUGGAUGGAACUCUGUUUCCCGGGUGAUUAUUGAAGAGCUUCCUCUGAGCAUCUGAGACCCUCGCGUGCUUCAUCACAACUUCUGAAUAACAUUAUCUCUGUACUGUUUUACUUUACUUAAUACUGUGUCAUCCAGUGGAGGAUGUGUCUUUUUUAAAUGAUAUCAUUCAGUGUUUGACCCAAGGAAUUGUUUUAAAAGAAGGAGUGUAAUAUGCAAAGGCACGAACAGGACUUGAAAUGUGUCAAUGUUAUUGCAUUUGCUAACAAAAUGUGACCUUGUCUUUGAAAUCCAGGCUUAAGUCUCUUAAUCUAAGCGUUUAAAGUAAUACACUUUCGUAAAAAAUCCUGAUAAUUUACCCCCAUGUCAUAUAAAGGUGUUUAUGUCUUUAUUUUGUUCAGGCGAGAAGGAAUUACGUUUUUUUUUUUUAGGAAAACAUUUCAGGAUUUUUCUCCAUAUAGUGGACUUUACUGGACCUCAACCUUAGCAAAACGAUCGUCAUUUUUACAAAAAAUAAAAAUUAAAAGUACGUUUAAACAACAACUUGUCUUGUACUAUCCGUGUGAAGUGCCAGCGUGAGCUUGCGUAUUACGUAGUCACAUCAAAAGGUCAAGCGUUAAUAUGUGAAACGCAUACUUGCGGACAAUUUUAAACAAUUAACUGGCACAGAGACAGAGAAUUAGUAUCAUUCACAUACAACAACGUCUGAACGGUCCUCUUUCUCCACACUUGUAAAUACUGCUGCGCAGAAAACGUUCUAAAUUUGAUGUUAUGAUAAUUUCUCAAAAGUGAGUACGUGUGAUUCAUAAAAAGAACGUGUGCACAGAACAUGCGCAUAAAGAUGUGAAAUCUAUAAAUCCCAAAUUAUAGGGUGACCAUACGUGCCAUUCUUCCCGGACGCAUCCCGUCCAGGAUUUUGUGUUCGUCUCCCGGAAGUCGUAUUUGUCGACCGCAUACGUCAUAGAGGAUUAUUAUUAUUAUUACAGAAAAGCAACCGUUACAUUUUAAGAUAAGAAUGAAACUACAAUUGUAUAUCUUAUGUUUUUAACUGAAUGGCGUAUGCGGUCAACAAAUACGACUUCCGGAAGACGCACCGAAAUCCUGGACGGGAUGCUUCCGGGAAGAAUGGCACGUAUGGUCACCCUACAAAUUAUCUUUAACUUGUGCACAGCUAACUAGCUUUAAAUCUAGCUUUAGCUUUAAAUUAAUGUCACUGACAUAUAAAAAAGCACCUUUCAAUGUUUACAUCCUAUAUGAGCAGCAAUAAAGACUUUAUUUCCAAAAGCCUGCAGCAAUCAGACAAGCAAAAGUGCUUACGUCUGCUCAGAACCUGAUGUGGCGCUAAGCACUUUUCUAUGUCAAAGACAGUUUUUAUAAAUAUGGACUUUGCAGUGGAUUUUAGCGUUCGCACACUUUACGAACAGAUCAGUGCAUAAGCACGCUUUUUAAGGGCCUGUUUACACGAGAACGCUUGAGGGUGAAAAUAUUUUAUCGGAUGUGUCUGUCGUUUACAGUGAAACCAACCUCCAGACUGGAAAUCUUAAAAACGAUUUACCGUCGUGUUCCCGUCUAAAGGGUAAAAACGCAAAAGUUUGCUUGCGUUGGCUCUCGUCGCGUACAUAUUUACAUCACAGGUAUGUGCCAGUUCAGGAAAAUAACAACAAACAUGUCGGAUUAUUUCCAUACGUCGGACCUUCAAGUUGCCAUAGCAGCUCUGAUGAAUAUACAAGGAUCU